UGACCGCUCUAAGUGGCCUAAGUUCGAUUAUUAUUAUAGCUCUUGACUACUCUAUUUGUAAACAAUAGUCCCCAGAACGAGCAUAACGGAAGCAUGAGGUGGUGAGGUCUCAGUCUCACGCCACCAAUGUAAUCUGUCGAUGUCGACGCUUUUCAGUUUAUCAAGUGACAUCAUCUGAAACACAAGCUGUGACUUUUUGUUUACCUUCGGCCUGAACAUUUGGGGAUACUUGUGGGGGAAACUUUGGGCAGGUAACAUGGAAGGAGACGGAAGCAAAGAGUUGCCACCCAAAGAGUCCAAGAAGAACAAGCGCCACAGAGCGGUAAAGUCAAAGGAUUUGAAGACACAGGAAGCUGCUCCUACUUCUUUGCUUCCUGGGAACGCUAAGUCAAAGGUUGAAACGGUGACCAUUCCAAACACAGGAAGCGCUAAAGGAGCUCCCUCGAGAGGGGGUGUCUUUUUCGACUUGAUGGAAGAGAGUAGUACUAGCAAUGAAGAGAACACAGAAGCAGAAGAAGAGAUUGGGCCACUCAGGUCAAUAAGAGCCCCAUUGUCAACUCAGUCUUCAUAUGAGGUGACUGAGAUGUUGCUGGACCCAGCUGCCCAUACUCCAAACAUGAGGCACACCAUGUCUGGAAUCUCCUUGGAUUCGGCUGCUAAAAGGAGGUCAUACGUGAAAGAUUUCUGUGUAGCCACACCUGAGGAGUUUGUCAAGAGUUUUGGUGGGAAUGUGGUCAUUAAUAAGGUUUUAAUAGCUAACAAUGGCAUAGCUGCUGUGAAAUGCAUGAGAUCAGUCAGAAGAUGGGCUUAUGAGAUGUUUAGAAAUGAAAGAGCUAUUAAGUUUGUUGUGAUGGUUACACCUGAGGACCUGAAGGCUAAUGCAGAAUACAUUCGUAUGGCAGACCAGUAUGUCCCAGUUCCUGGAGGCACCAACAACAACAACUAUGCCAAUGUAGAGCUAAUAUUAGACAUUGCUAAAAGAAUUCCUGUUCAAGCCGUGUGGGCAGGCUGGGGACAUGCUUCAGAGAAUCCAAAACUACCAGAACUCCUACACAAAAAUGGAAUUGAAUUCAUUGGUCCUCCAGAAAAUGCUAUGUGGUCGUUAGGUGAUAAAAUUGCGUCAUCCAUAGUUGCCCAGACUGCUGGGGUUCCAACACUACCCUGGAGUGGUUCAGGCUUAAAACUUGCACCCAAUGAUUUCAAAGGCAAGUCACUCUUGGUACCUUCAGAACUGUAUAGGAAGGGUUGUACUGCCCAUGUGGAGGACGGUUUAGAAGCUGCUAAGAAAAUUGGCUACCCAGUCAUGAUCAAAGCCUCAGAAGGCGGGGGUGGGAAAGGUAUUCGCAAGGCAGAAAAUGCAGAGGAAUUUCCAAACUUAUUCAGACAGGUCCAGCAAGAAGUACCAGGAUCUCCUAUUUUCAUCAUGAAGUUAGCAUCUGCAGCUCGCCAUCUGGAGGUCCAACUCUUGGCAGACAAAUAUGGCAAUGCUAUUUCACUGUUUGGACGUGACUGUUCUAUACAGAGAAGACAUCAAAAGAUUAUAGAGGAAGCGCCUGUUGUCAUUGCCAGCCCAGAUGUAUUUGAAAAAAUGGAAAAGGCAGCUGUAACUUUGGCCAAGAUGGUAGGCUAUGUGAGUGCUGGAACUGUGGAAUAUUUGUACAACGCUGAUGAAGAUAGCUUCCACUUCCUGGAGUUGAAUCCUAGGCUACAAGUGGAGCAUCCUUGUACUGAGAUGGUAGCAGACAUUAACUUACCUGCUGCCCAACUUCAGGUGGCCAUGGGUGUGCCUUUGUACAGAAUCAAGAACAUCCGUUUGUUAUAUGGUCUUGAUCCAUGGGGGGACUCAGAGAUUGAUUUUGACAAGCCUCAUAUUAAACCAAGUCCAAGAGGUCAUGUCAUAGCGGCUAGGAUCACAAGUGAAAAUCCCGAUGAGGGGUUUAAACCUAGCUCAGGCACUGUGCAAGAGUUGAACUUUCGCAGCAGCAAGAAUGUUUGGGGUUACUUCAGUGUUAGUGCUUCAGGUGGUCUUCAUGAAUUUGCUGAUUCCCAGUUUGGACAUUGUUUCUCUUGGGGAGAGGACAGAGAAGACGCUAGAGAAAACCUUGUGGUUGCUCUGAAAGAACUUUCUAUUCGCGGAGAUUUCCGAACCACAGUGGAAUAUCUGAUCAAAUUAUUGGAGACUGAGACUUAUCAAAACAACACCAUCACCACGGCUUGGCUGGACAAGUUGAUAGCUGAGAAGGUCCAGGCAGAGAAACCUGACCUUAUGCUGGGAGUUGUUUGCGGUGCAUUGCACAUUGCUGACCAAGCCAUUCUGACUGGAUUCCAGGAUUUCCAAACCUCAUUAGAGAAAGGCCAAAUACAACCAUCAUACUCAUUGAAAAACUCCUCUGAUGUUGAAUUUAUACUGGAUGGUGUUAAGUUUAAACUAAAGGUUGUGAAAACUGGUCCCAACGGCUAUUUCCUUCUGAUGAACAACUCCACCCUUGACCUGGAAGCACACCGUUUAACUGAUGGUGGUCUCCUGUUGUCUAUAGGAGGUUCUAGUUACACCACGUACAUGAAAGAACAAGUCAACAGUUACAGAAUCACUAUUGGCAACCAAACUUGUGUCCUACAGAAGGACAAUGAUCCAACCAUUAUGAGGUCUCCUUCUGCUGGCAAGCUAAUUAAUUACUUGGUUGAAGAUGGUGGCCAUGUAUUUGCAGGAGAUGUCUUUGCUGAGAUUGAGGUCAUGAAAAUGGUGAUGGAGCUUAGAGCCUCAGAAAAUGGAUGCAUCCAUUACUCCAAGAGACCAGGCUCUGUGUUAGAUGCUGGCUGUGUUGUGGCAUAUCUCACACUAGAUGACCCAAGUAGAGUUCAGAUGGCUAAACUGUAUGAUGGCUGCUUGCCAAGUCAAGAGAACACAGCUACUCAUGGAGAUAAGAGACACCAAGUGUUCCAGAAAGCCAAGUGUGAUUUAGACAACAUCCUGUCUGGCUAUAUCCUCCCUGAACCUUACUUUAGGGAGAGACUUGCAGCCACUGUGGACAGAAUGAUGAAAUGUUUAAAAGAUCCAGCUCUGCCUUUGUUAGAACUCCAGGAUUUAAUCUCUAUGAUACAAGGCAGAGUGCCCCAACAUGUGGAGCGAUCCAUUCGGAAACUCAUGUCAUCCUAUGCCAGUAACAUCACUUCUGUACUCUCACAAUUCCCUAGUCAACAGAUUGCAAGUGUUAUAGACACAUAUGCUGCAACUCUCUCAAAAAGAUCCGAUAGAGAUGUCUUUUUCAUGACCUGCCAGGGCAUUGUCCAACUGGUUCAGCGCUACCGUAAUGGUAUCAGAGGUCAUCUGAAGUCUGUAGUCCAGGAGUUAUUGAGACAUUACUUGAGAGUAGAACUACAGUUUCAACAAGGUUCCUAUGACAAGUGUGUACGUUCCAUCCGAGAGAAAAACAAAGAAGACAUGUUAGCUGUAGUCCAAACAAUCUUUUCUCAUGUGGCAGUACAGCAUAAAAAUACUUUAGUCAUCAUGCUUAUUGAUCACCUAUGUGGCAAAGAACCUGGUCUAACAGAUGAACUAGCUUCUAUUCUGAGCGAGCUGACUCAGCUGAACAAAACAGAGAACUCCAAAGUGUCUCUCAGAGCUAGACAAGUAUUGAUAGCGGCCCACCAGCCUCCCUACGAACACAGGCACAAUCAGAUUGAGUCAAUCUUCCUCUCCGCUAUUGACAUGUCUGGGCAUGAUUUCUGUCCAGAAAAUCUCCAGAAAUUAAUCAAUUCAGAGACAGCCAUUUAUGACGUGCUACCAGAGUUUUUUUACCACACCAACGAGGCUGUCAGGAGAGCAGCAUUAGAGGUGUACAUACGUCGAGCCUACAUUGCCUACGAAAUGAACUGCAUGCAGCAUUGUCAACUGGGAGAUGGGAAAUGCGUGGUUGAGUUUAAGUUUCUUCUCCCACGUUCACACCCUAAUAGGAUGAUGGUCACUAGGUUUGAUUCUGGGAUGAUCAGGCUGAGCAGUAUGGACAAAGAUUCUGGUUCCGACUCUGAUCAUUGGGAUGAACCUCCAAUCUGUCAACGCAUGGGAGUCAUGGUGGCCUACCAGAGCAUGAGUGAAUUAGAACAGUAUUUUGAUGGUAUACUGGAUCUCUUCCAAUCACUCACACCACCCAGCAGUCCUUUGAUUUCAGAGUUUGAUGAUGAUAACAUUUCUACACAGUCUAGCUCUAAUGUCUCAGAUUCAGGCACAGAUGACCCAACGCACAUCAUCAAUAUUGCAAUGAAACGUUUAGAAACAGAUGAUGAUGAUUCUCUUGCUAAAGUGUUUCAAGACUUCUGUACUCAGCGGGCCAAGGAUUUGAAUGCAAGAGGCAUCCGCAGAGUUACAUUUGUCGUGGCCAAUAGUGUAAGUUAUUGCCCUUUGCCAGAAAGAGCUAUGCCAAAAUAUUUUACCUACAGAGCCAAAUUUGAUUUCUUUGAAGACAGAAUCUACAGACAUUUGGAACCAGCCUUGGCCUUCCAGCUAGAGAUUAAUAGGUUGCGAAACUUUGACCUGGAAGCUAUUCCUACUGCAAACUUAAAAAUGCAUUUGUACCUGGGGAAAGCUAAGGUAGCUAAAGGUCAGGAGGUUACAGACUACCGUUUCUUUGUCCGCAUCAUUAUUCGUCACUCAGAUCUAGUUACAAAGGAAGCCUCAUUUGAAUAUUUAGAGAAUGAAGGGGAAAGGACUCUUUUGGAAGCAAUGGAUUCACUAGAAGUGGCUUUUUCUCAUCAAUCACUGUCAUCAGACGUGACCAAUCAGCAGUCCAAGAAAACUGACUGCAAUCAUAUCUUCUUAAACUUUGUGCCAACAUUGACUUUAACAGAGCCUGGCAAGUUGGUGGAGACUGUUAGAAAUAUGAUCAUGAGAUAUGGGUCAAGGCUAUGGAAGCUCAGAGUUUUAAAUGCUGAACUGAAGUUUACAAUCAGAAUGGCUGGCACUGGUCUCAGUUUUCCCAUCAGAGUAUUUAUCACCAAUGAAAGUGGCUACUACUUGGACAUCAGUUUAUACAAAGAAGUCACUGACUCCAGGACUGGACAGAUAAUGUUUGAAGCAUAUGGAAUCAAGCAAGGUCCACUCCAUGGUCUACUCAUCAGCACACCAUACUUGACUAAAGAUCACUUACAGUUGAAACGCUACCAGGCCCAGUCGUCAGGCACCACUUAUGUGUAUGACUUCCCUGAGAUGUUCCGUCAGGCUCUGCUGAAGGAGUGGGAGUCUCACUUGAAGAAAUACAACAAGGACAUUAGUCAGACUCCACUGGACCUCAUCUCCUGCACUGAGUUAGUCCUAGAUAGUCACAACCACUUGUGUACUCAGAACAGAUUACCUGGAGAGAAUGAGAUUGGCAUGGUUGCAUGGAAAAUGACCAUCAAAACACCAGAAUUCCCUGAGGGUAGAGAUCUUAUUUUAAUUGCUAAUGAUAUGACAUUCAAGAUUGGUUCUUUUGGUCCUUUAGAAGACUUACUUUUCAAGAAAGCUUCAGAGUUGUCUAGAAAAUUGGGCAUUCCCAGAGUGUAUAUUUCUGCUAAUAGUGGAGCUAGAAUUGGAAUGGCUGAAGAACUGAAGCAUCUGUUUAGAGUUGCUUGGUUUGAUGCCAAUGACCCUGAGAAGGGUUUCAAAUACUUGUACCUCCGUCCUGAUGACUUCAAGAAGGUCAGCAUUUUAAAUUCAGUGAGAGCCGAGUUGAUUGAAGAUGAGGGAGAAUCUCGUUAUAAAAUAACCGACAUCAUUGGUAAAGAAGAUGGUAUUGGUGUAGAGUCUCUACGCAUGGCUGGUAUGAUUGCUGGGGAGACAUCUCAAGCUUAUAAUGAAGUAGUCACCAUCAAUUUGGUGUCCUGCCGAGCUAUUGGUAUUGGAGCUUAUUUGGUUCGUCUGGGUCAAAGAGUCAUUCAAGUGGAGAGUUCUUUCAUAAUACUCACAGGUGCUGGUGCCCUCAACAAGGUUUUAGGUCGGGAGGUAUACACUAGCAACAGUCAGCUUGGAGGUAUUCAAAUAAUGCAUAACAAUGGAGUCUCACAUGCUGUUGUACCAGAUGACUUUGAGGGAGUCUGUAAAGUGUUACAUUGGUUGUCGUACAUGAGAACCAAAAAAGCUGGCAUAUUGCCAAUCAUUCAGCCGCUGGAUCCUAUAGACAGACCGGUGGAGUUUUGUCCAACUAGAGCUCCCUAUGACCCAAGGUUUAUGUUAGCUGGAAGAAGAGAUAAUGGCAAGGUUCAAUCUGGGUUUUUUGAUGAUGGUUCUUUUGAUGAAAUAAUGCAGCCGUGGGCACAGACUGUAGUAGCAGGCAGAGCUAGGCUUGGUGGUAUACCAGUAGGUGUGAUUGCUGUAGAGACCCGCUCUGUAGAACUUCACAUACCUGCCGACCCUGCUAAUGCUGAUUCUGAAUCUAAGGUUAUCCAACAAGCAGGACAAGUUUGGUUCCCAGACUCUGCUUACAAAACUGCACAAGCAAUCAAGGAUUUCUCCAGGGAAGAACUGCCUUUAUUUAUGUUUGCUAACUGGAGAGGUUUCUCUGGGGGCAUGAAAGAUAUGUAUGAUCAAGUGCUGAAGUUUGGCUCCUACAUAGUGGAUGCCAUUCGAGAGUACACACAACCAAUAUUUGUCUACAUCCCACCCUAUGGAGAGUUACGAGGUGGCUCCUGGGUGGUUGUGGAUCCACUCAUUAAUCCAGACUACAUGGAAAUGUAUGCAGACAGUCUCUCAAGGGGAGGUGUUCUGGAACCAGAAGGAACAGUGGAAAUCAAGUUCCGCAGAAAAGAUUUGGAUAAAUGUAUAGGUCGCCUAGAUGUUGAAGCCAAGAAACUGAUUGAGAAAAUCUCGAGUCCAGGUCUGACUCCAGAUAUCAAAGCCAGGCUAGAGACUGAGCUCAAAGAAAGGGAAGACCAUCUAGCAUCAUUAUAUCACUCUGUAGCUGUCACUUUUGCUGAUCUCCACGACACACCAGGCAGAAUGGAGGAGAAAGGCUGUAUCACGAAAGUUCUAGAGUGGUCCAAAUCUCGUGAGUUCUUUUAUUGGCGACUCAGACGUCGUCUGCUGGAGAUACAUUUUAAAAGUCUAAUGAAACAACACAUUCCAGAUUCAACCCAGGCACAGUUAGAUUCAAUGUUGAGUAGAUGGUUUGUUGAGGACCGAGGUGCUAUACAUACAUAUCAGUAUGAAGAUGACAAGUUAACUGUUGACUGGCUGACAUCUCAGAUGGAGGAAAACAGUGCAGUCAUGGAGAACAUUAGGUGCUUACAGAGAGAUCAUGUACUCUCUCAAAUUAGGAGUAUGAUGGGAAGUAACCCAGACAUUGUCAUGGACUCCAUAGUCUCCAUGACUCAACAUAUGACAAAUACUCAAAGAAAUGAAGUGGCUCGAAUAUUGGCCAGUCUCAACUCUCAAGAGGAACCAGUGCUAGAGUCCUAACUGUUAGUCUUUCUACUGGAUGCUACACACAAACUGAACAUACUCACUAGGCUAGCACAGAAUGGCUACAUACGUGUACUCCAUGGAGUAUGACAUGUAUUCUUUGCUAACAGAUUUCUCAGAUUCAAAUUUAUUUAUUAAACAAUAGUACCUGCUUGAACUACCAACUUCCUAUUAGAAUUCAUAUAGAAACAUCAAAUUAUAGGUUGUGAAUAAUUGCCUGAAGAAUUCAAAGUUGUUUGUGCAUAUUAGCAGCUGGAACUUUUCUCUAGGUUAACAAAGGAAAUGGUCAAUAUGUUGUUGUGUUGUGUUUUGUUUUCUAGUACAAUGUAUAGCAUUGUUGAUGAAAUGUUGGGAGUGUUUUCCAAUAAAUCAAAGCCACAUAAUGAAAUGGUUGAUUUUUUUUAGUUCAUUUCUUUUUCAAUCUCCUGCACUCUCUGGAUAGUAAUGUUUUUUGUACGGGUACUGAACUCCACACUCAGUGUAUUGGUGAUCAGUUGGAUCACAACACAGACAUGAGUUUGACUAUUUAUUUAUUAAUUUAAAAAUCCAUUCUACUUUGACUGUGUGCUUCAGAAUGUUUCAGUACUUCUAGUCUUGACUGUACACACUGGAAACCAUUCAGGAGUAAAGUAAUUAAUUUCUAGGUCAUUGAGGUCAAGCUAAGAACUUAGGUGCAUAUAUUUUGGCAUUUCAACAUUUUCUCUCCUGAUUAGAUUUUCAUUGUUUUUAUAUUUUUAUAGUUGUUUUAAUUUUUUUUUCAUUUAACAAAAACACUAGUUUCAUUCCAAAGACCUGUGAGCAAAUAUCUGUGCAUAAUGUUUUCAAGAGAUUUUGUUUAUAGAUAUUAAAGAAUUUUGAACUGCAAUUUGUUCUAUUUGGUUUCAUGACUGUCUAGUGGAAGUUAACUUUGUGAUCACAGUGUGGCUGCCUGGUCGUGCGGUUUGCGCGCUGGACUGUCGUUCAGAUUUUCGAUGGUCCAGGGUUCAAACCCUGUCCGCUCCCAUCCACCGUCGUCCUGCGGGAGGUUUGGACUAGGAAGUAAUUAUCUUCAACUCUGAAGGAACAUCCGAAACAUGUAAAACAUUUUACAAACAUUUUAAUUAGUUGCAGUGUUUAACAGGAAUGUAGUCGCAGCCAAACCUGACCGCAAGAAAAGUAGUCACAGAAAACCAAUGAACUUUAAUAUGCUUUUAUUUGAAUUCCAGUAUAGACACUGUGGACACUAGGUACUAAAAAAAAAAGAAAGAUGUCACUUCUUCAACUCUAUACAUUGCUAGGAACAAUAAGCUAGAUGACAUUAUUCCAGUUUUU